UAGACUUCAAGCCUCGCCCCACGAUCAAGGGACAGGCUUUGGCUGACUUCAUUGCCGAAUGCACUGCCAGAUCAACUGAAGAAGGAGCGAACGGAGGAGUACAGGACCAUUGGUGGGAAAUGUAUGUGGAUGGAGCAUCCAGCAGCAAAGGCUGUGGUGGGGGUGCUGUGAUCACAUGCCCCGAGGGGUUCAAGGCAUACUACUCCGUACAGUUUGACUUCAAGGUGACCAACAAUGAGGCCGAGUAUGAGGCCCUUAUCGCUGGUUUAAAGUAUGCCAAGGCCCUGGGGGCCAGCAGAUUAAAGGUCCGUUCGGAUAGUCAGCUGGUGGUAAGCCAGAUUAAUGGAUCUGCCGAGGUUAGGGAAGAACGGCUAAAAGCCUACAAGGAAUUGGUUGAGGAAGAAAUCGGCAGGUUCGAACAGGUGGUGAUUGACCAGAUUCCCAGGAUCGAAAACAGUGAGGCAGACAUCCUAUCCAAACUGGAAUGCGCCGUUCGGGAUGAUCAUGCCCCGGGCAUCCCCGCACACAUCCAGAGGUUCGCACAGAAAGAAAUACUGACCACACCGGCAACAAUGGUUGUGCGGGUAGAUGCCGUGUCCUAUGCCGUUCCAAGCUGGGUCACUGACUUGACAAAUUACCUGAAGGAUGGGACUUUGCCGAACGAUAAAAAUGACGUGUACAACCUCACUUGUAUACAGCGAAGAGCCCCAAUGUUCGAACUGGUGGACGGACAGCUGUACAAAAAGACGUUCGGGGGGCCAUAUCUGAAAUGCCUUCCACCCGAUCAGGCAGCCGCUGUGAUGGAAGAAAUUCACGAAGGUAUCUGCUCCAGCCAUCAGGGGCCAAAAACCCUGGCUAGGAAAAUCAUCCUGCAGGGUUACUAUUGGCCAACUAUUCAGCAGGACUGUUUUGGGCACACAAAGAAGUGCAAAAUAUGUCAGCUCUACGCACCAGUACCUGGGCGGCCCGCGACCUUUUACACUCCAAUGACCAUAUCAUUACCAUUCGCUAGAUGGGGGAUCGACUUGCUAGGGCCCCUACCUAAUGCGACCGGAGGAAGGAAGUGCAUCAUAGUAGGGAUUGAUUACUUCACCAAAUGGGUGGAAGCCGAACCCCUGGCCAGUAUCACGGAUUUUCAAUGUCAACGUUUUGUUUGGCAGAAUAUUAUAUGCAGAUUCGGGCUGCCCGAGCAGGUCAUCACGGAUAAUGGACGACAGUUUGUGAGCAAGAACUUCGAGGAAUUCCUCACUAGAUGGGGAAUCAAGCAUUCAAGGGCUUCCGUAGCAUAUCCGCAGGCGAACG